AUGCCGAAGAAAAGCGGGAAGAGCAAGAGCAAGCGGGUCUCGCUGAAGCAGAAGUACAAAGUGAUCAAAAAGGUGCGCGAGCAUCACCGGAAACAGCGGAGAGCGGCGAAGAAGGAGAAGACUGGCAGCACCAAGAUCAAGGCGCUGAAGAAGGAUCCUGGAAUUCCGCGGAACUGGCCGUUCAGGGAUGAGCUCGUGCAGGAGUUGCAGAUGCAGAGGCUGCACACGCUGGAUCAGGAACAGAGGCGCAAGGAGGAGCGCAAGCGGCUCGUCGAGCAGGCCCAGGAGGACAAGCUGGCCGAGAUGCAAGCCAACGCGGUGGACGCCGCGGAGGCGUACGCUCAGCGGGGCGACGGGGCCGCGGGGGGCGCGGACUUCGACAGGGAUCGUUCGCGGCGGUCGUUCUUCAAGGAGUUCCGCAAGGUGGUUGAGAGCGCGGACAUCAUCUUGUUCGUCCUCGACGCGAGGGACCCGCUGUCGUGCCGGUGCCCAGAGGUGGAGAGGUACAUUCGUAGAGUCGGGGCGGAGAAGCGGAUCGUGCUGCUCCUCAACAAGGUCGACAUGGUGCCGCGGGAGGCCACGGAGGCGUGGCUGAAGUACUUCCGCGAGGAGCUGCCGACGCUGCCGUUCAGGUCGUCGACGCAGAACCAGUCCAAGCUCGGACAGAAGUCGAUGCGGCACGCCGGGGACGCGGUGUCGGAGGGUAGUGCGGCGCUUGGGGUGGAGAGCCUGCUGCAGCUCCUGAAGAAUUACGCCCGUUCCCACAACAUCAAGACCUCGGUCACAGUCGGCGUCAUCGGGCUGCCGAACGUCGGCAAGUCGUCGAUCAUCAACUCCCUGAAGCGCUCGAGGGUGGCGAACGUUGGGAACGCACCAGGCAUCACCAAGGUGGUUCAGGAAAUUGCCCUCGACAAGCACGUGCGCCUGCUCGAUUGUCCGGGCAUCGUGUUCACUGCCGCGGAGAGCGAGGACGCGUCUGCGCUGCGGAACUGUGUCAAGGUGGAGAAGCUCGAGGACCCCGUGGGACCCUGCGGGAUCAUCCUGCAGCGCGUCCCGGCGAAGCAGCUGAUGCAGAUGUAUCGCAUCCCUGCGUUCAAGAACGUCGAUCAGUUCCUCGCGCACGUCGCCAAAGCGCGGGGCCGGCUGCGGUCGGGCGGCACGCCGGACAUCCCGGGUGCUGCGCGGAUGGUGCUGCAAGACUGGAACGCGGGGAAGAUCCCCUUCUUCACGAUGCCGCCGGCCCGGGCGAACCGGAACGUGCGCGAGGAGAACGCGGAGGUCGUGCAGGCCAUGGCGGCGGAGUUCGACAUGGCGGCCCUGCAGGACCACGAGGUCAAGGUGCUGCAGGCGCUGCCGGGCGCGGACCAGAGCGAGUGGACGCAGACGGAGGGCCUCGGACAGACGCAGGUCGACAUGGAGGAGAUGGACGGUGAGGAGGAGGAGGACGAGGAGGAGGACGAGGACGCUUUCGGCGACGAGAGUGACAUGGAUGAGGAGGUCGAGGACGAGGAGGCGCCCGACCUGGAGGCAAUCAUUGCCCAGAAGCGGGCCGAGGGGCGGGCAAACGCCGCCCCUGCGAGCCAGAACGAAGUCCUGUACGCGGAGGCCGGACAGCACAACCCCAAGGCCGCUCGGGCAGCGAGGAAGAAGCUCAAGAAGGGCCGGCAGGCGAAGGCCGCGAGUGCGGGCAGUGACAGCGACUACGAUUUCGACGAGGCCUUUGACAAAGACGAGGACAUGGCGUAG